ACUCAUUGUCAAAUACAAAUACGUUUCCCUCUCCUUUGACUCUCUUUCAUUUUCUCUCUCUUCUCUAUAUCGACUGCGAAAUUAUCGCCUGUAUAAACAUAACAAUAACUCCAAUUCUAGAUCCCUAAAAUGUUCCCAACAUCCCUACGAAUUUUCAUAAUUCUAGGGUUUUUGCUAAAUCUUUCACGAUCCCUAAGAUUUGAUCUUCAAUCAGGUCACACAAAAUGCAUUUCCGAAGACAUCAAGAGCAAUUCCAUGGCCGUCGGGAACUACCAUAUCGUUAAUCCUAACGAAGGAACUCCAUUGCCGGAUUCUCACAAACUCACUGUUCGGGUAACAUCGGCGCAUGGGAAUAACUAUCACACUGCAGAUCAUGUGGAAUCAGGGAAGUUUGCGUAUACAGCAGCAGAAUCGGGGGAUUAUAUGGCGUGUUUUUGGACUCCAGAGCAUAAUCCACCUUUGACUGUUACUGUUGAUUUUGAUUGGAAAACUGGUGUUACUGCCAAAGAUUGGGGUAGUGUUGUUAAAAAGGGCACCGUUGAUGUCAUGGAGAUAGAGUUAAAGAAGCUAAUGGAUACAGUAAAUUCCGUUCAUGAGGAAAUGUUUUAUCUUCGGGAUAGGGAAGAAGAGAUGCAAGCGUUGAACAGAGCUACCAACUCUAGAAUGUUUUGGUUAGGAUUACUGUCAUUUGUUGUUUGCUUAUCAGUUGCUGGCUUGCAAUUUUGGCACUUGAAGCAUUUCUUUGAGAGAAAAAAGCUGCUUUAGAUUAUUAGAGUGAACUGUAAAGUUUUUCAAGAAAGUAGCAGAAUCACAUCAAAUCACUUGUAGUUUAUUUUAUAAAGAUUUUCUUGUUGGAGAUAUAUACUUCUAUGACAAUUUUUGUCCUCA